AUGACGGACGUGGACGACGUGGAUGUGGAUCACCACAUGGAGAAUGGUGCCGGCAGUACUACUGAUGUGGAUGACAUGUCUCUGAAAAAUGCCAAGAGCAUGGAAGAAGCGUACCACCAACAAAUUGAGAAUCUGAAGGAGCAAGUCAAGGAGAAGGAUCAGCAUUUGAAGGAUCUGGAGAAAGGCUUGGAUGCCCAGGUGGCCAUGGUAAUGGAAUUGGAAAAAUUGGAAGAAAAGGAGCUUCAAGAGUACGAAGCCAAGCUGGUGGCGAAUAAAAAGUUGAUUACCGAAUUGGGGGAACGCGUGGGAAUGGAAACCAAGGCCAAGGCGGAACUAGAGUCCCAACUGCAGUACGUGCAAGCCAAGAAUAAAGAUCAAGCCACUCAGAUUGAACGAUUGGAAGAACUCAACAAGGUCAAUACGGAACUACUCAAGGCCGUCAAAUCUCAAGAUGAAGAAAAUCAAAAGAAAAAUGGAAAAUCGCAACACGACAACAACCACUCCAAAUGGGAAGCCUUGGGGAAAGUAGAGUACCUCAUGGAAACCAAUCAAAAAUUAGUCAUGGAAUUGGCACAAGCGCAGGAAGAUAUGCAACGAGUGCGCAAGGAUGUCUCUGAUAAAGAACUGCUGUGUCUCGAACUUUCUUCUCAACUAGAUAAAUUGGCAUCCCAGCUCAAUUCCGCCGAUGAAGACAUGGCCGGUGUCAAGUACCAACUCAAACAAAAGGAAGAUCAAUUCAAAAAGAGUGACGAUCGGGUCAAAACUCUCGAACAGGCACUCUUGGAACCGCAAUCCGAAGGAGACGAAACCAUGGGAAAAGCCGUACUCAUGCGAAAACUCAAAGACAAGGAAGAUGUUACGGCACAAAUGAAAAAGGAACGAGAUGUGGCACUCGCCAAAGCCACCAAACUGUCCUUGGCACUCGCCAGUACACGAGAACACGUCGAUGCCCUACAAGAAAAAUUGGAAUAUCAAAAUUCCAUUGUCGAUCGGAUUUUGGGAAAAGGACGCAAUCCACCAUCAUCACACACGAAUAACAAUCAUGCGGCUGCUGCUCCCACGAAAACUCUGCCCAAGCGACAUGCUUCGUUUGGCUCGAAAAAGGCCGUCGAACACGCGACUACGACCGAUGGCGAGGCACAACGUACCGGCCCGUUUGAUGGACGACGCAUUCGCAACUUUUUCAAUCGAGGACGGACCGGAUCCAAUGCCGAGGCGGCCGUAGCGAACAACAACACUGCGGCGGCGGCGGCGGAUACGAGUAAUAAUAAGGCUCUCCCCAAACCGGCCACUGUGGGACUCUUUGGACGUCGUACAUCGAGCGAAUCGGCAGCGCCACCGGGUGAAUCCUCGGAACGGGGACUUGACGGAUCGUCUUCGGCCGCCGAUCCCAAUAUUGUUCAACCCAAAGCCGAUGGAAAUACCAACCCGUUCGAUGAUGAUCAUAAUGCAUCCUUUGUCAAUACGUCCGUCGGAAAGGAAUCGCAUAUUGAUGAAGCGGUUCAAGGUGGAGGUGGCGAUGUCAAUUUGGCAUUGACCAUCUAA